GCUAUCAACAAAAUUGGCACUGGAAGGUGUCGUCACGGUGUGAAAACCAAUAGACAUUAGCACAUGAACCCCUCGCGGCCGCUUAGCCAGUGUGCGUGCUUGUGGCGAACAGCCUGACUAUAAUGCUGUACGCAAGCCUGGCCGGUGUCGCGGCUCGCCUGCUGCUCGCCUUCUCGGGCCUGGGGCGGGAUGUGCUGGCCUGGCGCGUUGAGGUGGCUACGGCCGCCAACAGCCCCCUCGAGCUGCGCGAAGGCUUUGCACUAUACCGCCUAGGGGUGUCGCCUUACUCAGGCUCUUCGUGCCGUACACCGCCGCUGGCGCUAUGGCUGUACGGCGCGGCACACGGCCCCGCCUCGGGUGUGCAGGACGCCGGGGCGGAGCUGAUGCACGCCCUGCCCAACAUCGCGCUGGACCUGCUCACGGCUACGCUUCUAAGCCGCGUGGCCAAGCAGCUAUUCAGCCCAGGCCGCAAGCAGGCAGGCAGUCCCGGCGCCGGCGCCACCGGGGCCGGCAGCGCAGCCUCCGUACUGCCCAGUCUCGUGGCGUGGGUGUAUUUGCUCAACCCCUUCACGCUCAUGUCCGCCGCCGCCGGCACGACCUCCCCUCUGGAGGCCGCGGGUGUGGCGGCGGCGUUGUAUGGCGCAGUGGUGGUAGCGGCGGCCAGCCGGGGCCGGGGGCUGGCGCUGGCGGCGCUGGGGCUGGCAGUGGCGACACACGCGGCCCUGCACUGCGCCGUGCUGCUGCUGCCGCUGGCGUGCCUACUGGCGGUCGGGCCCGAGGACGUGGCCACACCGCUGCGGCGGCUGUGCCUGCGCACCAGCCUCAGCGGGGCUGCCGCCGGCGCGAGGGCACUUGGCACAAGCGGCGGCCUGGCUCCUGGCUUAGCGGGCGAGGUAGGCCAGGAGGCGGAUGCUGCGGGUGAUGCGGAUACUGAUCGGGAGCGGCAGGAGGCGGCGUGGCUUAGCUCCCUGCCCACGGAUGAACACCUGGCGCGGCGGCAGGCGGGCGUGGAGGAGAAGGGAGAGGGGCAGGUGGAGCGGCGGCUCGGGCGGCCCGGCCUGGCGCGGCUGAAGCUGCCGAACACGCCUACCACACCCAUCACCCCCGGCGGUCGGGAGUUCCCGCCGCCAUCAGCAGGUGGCGGCGGCGGCGCCGCAGCCGGCGGCGCGGCGGCGGGCGGCGGCAAACGCGCCAAGGCUGAAUUUGAUGCGCUGACGCGUUGGUUGCGGCAGCCGCUGCUGCCGUGGCGGCAGCUGGCGCAGUGCGGCGGCCUGGCCCUGGUCUUCUGGUUGCUGCUGGCGGCGCUGGCGGAUGUGUACCUGCUGCCCGUGUCAGCGCCGGCCACUGGCGGAGGCGGAGGCGAUGCGGCACAGCCGCCGGCGGCGUGUGCGCUGGCCAUAGCGGGGCCGCUGUUCCUGCAGCCGCCUGCUCCGGGUUCAGAGGCGGGCGCGGCGGCGGAGUCGCUCGUGUUGCGGCUGGGACCUCUAGAGCUGCCGGUGUCGCUGCCGCCGCCGGCUGCAGCGGCGCUGGCGGCGGCGCGGGCGCGGCUGGCGGCGGCGGGUGCGGCGGCGGCGGGGUGCUGGGCGGGCCGUGUGUACGGCGGGCAGGUGUUGCUGGAUGACGUGUCUCCCAAUGUGGGGCAGUGGUGGUACCUGGCCAUGGAGGCCUUUGAUGACGCCAAGCCGUACGUGCGCCUGCUUGCCCACUCCCUGCUGUUCGCGCUGGCUCCGCCGCUGGCGCUGCGGCUGGGCACCAGGCGGCCGCUGGCGCUGUUCGUUGUGCAGCUGCUGGCGCUGGGGCUGCUCAGGCCGUACCCCUCUGUUGCCGACCUGGGUCUGGCGGCGGCGCUGCUGCCGCUGCUGUCGCGGCAGCAGGGCGCCGCGCUGCAACUGGGUCUGCUGCUGCCUGCCGGGCUGCUGCUGCUGGGGGUGCUGGGCCCGGCCAUGUGCGCCAUGUGGUUGCAGCAUGAGAGCGCCAACAGCAACUUCCUGUACUCCAUCACAUUGCUGUACGGCGCGUGGCAGGUGCUGCUGCUGGGUCAGGUGUUGGGUCUGACGCUGCACGUGGACCGCAUCGCGCGGGGCAAGGAGACGCUGGAGCCGGCCACGCAGCAGCAGCAGCAGGCAGCAGAGGAGGGGCCGGUGGCGGCGGCGGCGCAUGCGAGCUGAGAGCCGGUUGCGCAAAGGCGGGUUGGGAACAAAGACAGCGGACGGAAAGUCGGCAUUGGAAAUGGGACAGAGCUCCUUGGGUGAGAUUGUGUGUUACGGUGAGUUUUCAUGCUGAUGUUGGCAAUAGGAAUUCGGGAACCCAGAUCCGGGCGAGCGUGGUCCACUGAACGCCUCGGCAAGCGCGGCGCCACAAUGAAGCUCAGCUGUGGUCUGUGGAGUGUGGACAAGAUAGUACUGGCAAGGCCCGUCUGUAAACUGUCAAGAUC